CAUCGCCGUAACUUCAAUGGAGAUUUUACUGAAUUUAGAAAGACUGAAUAACUAGACGUACCUUCCUGGUACGCUUCGGUAGCAAAGCAGGCUCGUUUGUCAUCGCCAGGGGUAUAUUGGCUCGACUGUGUACCAAAAUUGUACGAUUAGGUGAGAACUGGGUGAAAUAUCUAUUAGAUCACGGAAGAAAGAACACGUGGAUGAUUGUCGCGAGCGCUGGCGCUGGCAAGAAGAGCGAGAGUUUUCGACAGGCUGUAUUUUAGUACAAAGCAAAAAGACAAAAAGGUUUAAGAACUUCAGUGCCUUCAGAGGAUGAAGUCCAACAUCAUAUCACAAUCUGCCGCUUCAAUUAAACAAUGGUCGAAAGUAAGAGUGAGGAUUCUGACACAACUGCAAAGAGCGCUGAGGUGAGUCUGUAUGUUUUAUCAUUUCACGGUGCGAUACGAUCCUUUAAAAGUUUCAGUAGUCUUACUUUAAAAAUCUUGCUCGUGCUAAACAGGGCAUGUGCUUUGCUGUGGGUUUUUGGUAGAUGUUUGAAAGCUCUUCGUGGGUAAACAAACCAUGCCUUCCUCGAGAGGUCAGUUAUCGUCGUUGACAAAAUCGUAAGAAAUAGCUGUUAGUUCAGUAUGGCCAUCGUGAAAAAAACGAAAAGUGAUUGUGAACAAGGAGUGUUUUCUUGUCAGUUACUAUUUAAUACGCAGUCAGGUUUGGUAAAUUUAAUUCUAAAAGUGUGUCAUUAAUGUGACCAACUUUAAUUACAGGAAAAGGAGAGUGGAAAGGGAGCAUGCCUCUAUGUGUCCUUAGCAAAAAGUUCAGGUUCAGCAACAAUCAUCAUCAAGAAGCUGGAGAGCAUUAGGAUUUACUGUUAACAUUAGGAAUCAAGCAUUGCAUCAGCUUCACAGUUAUGUGCCUCCAUGAGGAUGGCUCUUAUUGUGUUGAAAGACUGUGAAGAAAACAAUUUCAUUGAGACUAUCAAGUAAGUAUCCCCUUUGUUUGUAAGUCUUUCCAUUCUUAAAGACUUCAUUGUGAGUGGUCAAAUAAAGUUUAAUUAAAUGCAUGAUAAUAAAAUUAAUACAAAAAAUCAUGCACUUCUGAUAGGCUGAAAACAAGUGCAUUUUUCAUGCAGCACUAGUGCAAAGUUGAAACACAAGUGCAGAUUAUAAAUAGUAUGCUGUUAAAAUUGUGAAUAAGUGCUUGUAAGUAUCCCCUAAGUCUUUCCACUCUUAAAGACUUCAUUGUGUGGUACACGUGCCUAAAUAUGCACUCUUGCAAUUAUGUUGUCUUUGAAAAAUUUACUUGUGCUGAUUAUUAAAUCUUUUGAAAAGUUAUUACCUGAACACCUGGAUUCCUUUAAAAUGUUGUAUGGAUUACAUGCAACUGCAUGAGUUAGCAUUGUGAAGAUUUCACAUUGUGGAUUGUGGAAAAUAAGUGACAAUAAUUAUAAACUUAAGGGUAAUAUUCACUGGCUUUUUGAAGCUUUUAACCAUAAAUUCUCUCUGAACAUUUUGCUUUCCGUAACUUUUCCAUAGUUUCUUGGUUAUAAAGUGAACUUGGUUCUAAGAUGCACCUCAAACUUAGUAACUUAUUCAAGCCAUUAGUUCCCAAACUGAAAAUUACAUGAAAAUACUCGCUUACAUGUAUAAGAUGCACCAAAAGGUUGAGAGUUAACAAAAGGAUUUAAUGGAACUAAGAACAAUUACAUGUAUCCCUACACAACUCGCAUACAAACACUUUUGCUAAAAUGUAAAUAAAAGUGAAAAAGUCACACAUUUAAUGAUCUACAUAAAAACCAAGGCUAAAAUUUCACACCUGAUUAUGAAUAUUCAAUGAUCCUGAUUUCAUUCUAUUAACCCUUUAACUCCCAGAUCCAAUUUGUAAUUCUCCUUACCAUCAACCAUACAAUUCUUACAAUGUUCAUUCAGAGAAUUUUGUUUUGGAUCAAGUAAUUAUCCCCAAAUUGAUCUUUUCCUUUAAUCUCAUCACUUAUCUAGUUGCUAUUGUAUAGAUAUUUUAAGGAGAAAUUCUGUCUUAGUCACCCAUGGGAGUUAAAGGGUCAACGGAUUUAAAACUCAGUUGCAAAACUAACUGAUACGUUCUCAUCCUAAACAGUCAAAGUUUAACUUCAACUUCUUGUUCGAUUGCAAAUAUGCUAAGCACUCACCAUCACUGAUAUGACCUCAACUUCAAGUUGAAAAUUGUUGCCAAAGCUGAGGCAGUCAACAACAAUCGUGAAAUUGCCCAUGAAUAUGGCAUUUCAGAAUUCAUGGUGAGAAAAUGAUGCAACCAGCAACAUGUCCUGUUUUGAUGGUAACAACAAAAGACCUGAGUUGGAUAUCAUGUUACCGAGCAUGUGCUCUUGAGCACGUGUGCAAAUUUCCACCUGUUUGCUUUUCUAUAGAAGUUGAUUUAAGUGUUCUAAAAGCAGUAUUCAUUUUUAAUUCAUAGGAAUAAAAGUUUGAAUUCAAUGUAAUCUUUGCUACACCUCAGACCAAAAAGCUCUGCUUUUUCUCCUUUUUCUCUAAACAGUUAGUGUCCUUUUCUUGUCUUUUUAACUACAGUAUAAGUUCUGCUAAAAUUGUGAUAUCAAGAUUUUUUUUGUGCAAAAAUACUUGGUUAUAAGAUGCACCUCAAUUUCAGCAUAACUUUCCAAUUGAAGAAAGAAUUUUCUUGGAAAAAACCAUGUGCCUUAGAGCCAAGAAACUACGGUAAAUUCUCUUUGAACAUUUUGCUCCAUUUCUCUCUACCAAAAUUUUUUCACUAUGUAUUUUGUGGUGUUUGUUUCCCAAAACCUGUGGAAGAUUCUUUCUCUCCUAGACAGUCAUGGCCUCAGUGGCUGUUUCAAUGAAUAUACUUGGUCAUCAUAACCUAUUUUGUUUCAACAGAUCACCGAAGGAUGAUGAUACAACAAGCACACACCCAUUGUAUUUAUUUCUUCUGGACUCCUGUCAGGUAAAGCUGUUCCUUUCUCCCUGGUUACUUAUAUCACUAUGGCAACUGGCCAAAGUAGCCCUCUCUUAUUCCUUAGUAAGGGUUAAAACCAGUUAUAUGAGUUCUUUGAGACAGAGCUGACCUCCUUGAUCAGUAGCAAAAGAAUAGGCUCUGUAGAAAUGUAGGUAUUGUUAAAACUAAUUUUGAGAAAAAGAGAGUGGUCUAAAAUCUAUUGUUUAUUGUACCUGUAAUGAUGAACCUAUGUCAUUGAAGCUUUACAGGCCAGAGAUUUUCCAUCUCUUCUCAUUUUUUCCUAACAUCUUGCAUGAGUUAAUUGCCAACGAGCCAGCCGAGCGAAGACGCGAGGCUGGCGAGGCGGCAGCAUUAUAGAGCCGUGCGAGAGUAUUGUACAGGCGGAAAAAAUCUCGAGUGAUUGUAAGAUGUCUGUAAGGUAAGAUUCCUGAGAUUCCAAUGACGUAAUGUGAAUAGGCUUUGUUUUGCAACGGACCAAUGGUAGCGCGCAAAGAUCGUGACGUCAAGUCCACAUGGUGCUUAUCAUGGACGCUUAGCAGCUUUGUCAUUUAUCGAGCGGAGGAGCGAGCAAGUUUGAGGUAAGAAAAUUGUAUUUUUCACCUACCUUUGUAAGUUUUAUUUCCAAUUCUGCGUGAGUGCACUUAAGUUAAGUGCCUUUGUGGUAUAAUUAUCGAGUUAGCAAGCUCAGUAACCGGCCAGUGUGCCAAGUUGACGAGUGUGUCAAAGUCGGCAAGCGUGCCAAAUGUAGACAACGCCAGCAGGCAUAGAGCAAUCAAAGAAACUGAGAAACCACCGAAUUAAACAAAACAAAGCUCAAACAAACGAUAAUCGUAGCAAACUAGCGGCCAGUAAGCCAACUUUGACACCAUUAGCGAGCAGAAAGCAAUCAAAGUUGUAGCAAACUAGCGGCGGCGAACGAGCCACACGUGAGAGUGCCAAAGUCGGCAAGGGUGCCAAAUCUAGACAACGCCAGCAGGCAUAAAGCAAUCAAAGAAAGUGAGAAACCGCUUGAAACUGUAUUCAAACAAAACAAACGAUAGUUUUAGCAAACUAGUGGCCAGUGAGGCAACUUUGUCACCAUUAAUAGCGAGCAGUUAGACAACGCCAGCAGGCAUAAAGCAAUCAAAGAAACUGAGAAACCGCUUGAAACUGUAUUCAAACAAAACAAACGAUAGUUUUAGCAAACUAGUGGCCAGUGAGGCAACUUUGUCACCAUUAAUAGCGAGCAGAAAGCAAUUAAAGUUGUAGCAAACUAGCGGCGAGCUAGCCACGAAAGAGUGCACUCGUCAUUGGCCACUGAACCAACUUUGUCACCCCACAAACAAGCUGAAAACAAUCGAAGCAACUGAGAUUCAACUUAACUUAAGCUUGAGUUAAAUUCAAAGGAAACCUAACGCGGCGGAAGUGCAUUGGAGAGCGAGCAAGCUGCAAUAAUCAACUGUCAGCUCGAUCAAUUCUUUCGACUGUUAUUAAUAUCAAGCGUAUCACGAAUUUUUGAAGCACAGACUUUUGCCCACUAAAAAUACAAGGUACACCUAGAGCAAUAAACCGCACAAAAGUUUGAAAAUGAUGUGGCUAUUGUUUAUGUUGCUACUCUUUCCCAAUCGUACUGCCCACAAUAAUCUGUUAGAAUUGGGGAGUGUGUGCCCAAAAUGCAGCAUGAUCUAUUUCAGAUUUAGGGGGAGAUACUUGUCAAGGCGAAUAGCUUAUCCUUCUAAUGGUAGUUUUAAUCCCUUCGUUAUUUCAAACAAGGAGGCACACAUUGUGAAUGGGAACAUAAAUUCAGAAGUGUUGGAAGAAAAACGCAAUGCAAUAUGUAAUAGCACUGAUAGUAAUUCUACAUACAUGUGUGAAGGAUCAAAUGUAAGAGAUCACUUUCGUAAUUAUUGUUUGACCAACGUAGGGAAGUUUUCUUGUGCAGUUGAUUGCUUUCUUGAGCUAUGUUAUUUUUUUUUCGCAAUCAUCUUCAAAACAUUACAUGCAAUGAUUUUUUUUCAAGUUAUCUCUGAGGCGUGCAAUCAAAGGGCAAUUGUUGGUGCUGUUGAUGUUGUGCGAGAGCCUAUAUGGUCACUGAUCAGAGGUCGUUGCCCAUCAUUUUCUUCAAUGACUGCAAAUGCUGUUUUUAGUGACAUAUUUACCAUGCAAGCAUUUGGGGAUUUAACCAGUGAUUUGAAAUCAUUAUUUCUUAUUCAACAAUGUAAUCAGACUUGCUGCACCCUGUGUAACAAUCAAAUAUUGAAAACUACUAGCACUAUUGUCUUGUAUAUUACUUGUCCAAAUAUUCUGCCCACUGAAUUUGAAAACUGUGUUUCAGAAGCUGCUUUGCCUAAUAGCAGCCCACUUUUUUUGUGAUGCAUGUCAAAGGCAUUCUGGUGAUAUUUCAGGUUUGCAACAUUUUGUUACCAUGCCAAAAUUUUUACACAUUGAAUUAUCAUCAAUUUCUUUUGGUCAAACUGUUCUACCAGCAAGUAUGGAACUCUUAGGUACAUUUUACUUAUUAAAAGCUGUUGUGCGGUGUGCAAGCCACCAUUUCACUAUUGCUAUAAACAAUGGUCGUUAUUGGUUUUAUUAUGAUGAUCUCUGUAGUGCAGUUCAGCAAUAUGCUACAUUUCAAGAUAUUUUGAAUGUUUACGCCAAUGGAUGGUAUUUUGCUGUUUAUGAAAGCUCUGUUGAUAACAUUAUUAAUAUACAUCAAGGCAUUGAUUCCUGUACAUUAAUGCCAGACCAUUCUUAUUCAAAAUUAGAGGAUAAAGAACGCCAAGCCUGUGAUGAUUUUGGGAAAGAAGUUUGCACACCCAGAAAACGACAAAGACCAGAAACAAAUACUGACAAAUUGAUAGAUAGAAAAAAGAAAGCUGAACUUAAAUGUAGUAAAUCCACAUUUGAAGAAUUACAAAAUUGCUAAAAAAGCCAAAGAGACAGAGAGUGAAAAACUUUCUAGACAAAAAAAAGCAAAAAAAGAAUAUAUGAGGGCAUACAGAAGGAAAAUAAAGGAUUAUGAGACAGGGGAGGAGAAGCAAGCACGAUUGAUAAAACAAAAUGUGCAAAAGUGGAACUCUAGAGAAAAAAGGAAGACAAUACAUUUGAUGUAAUUAAACCAGUAGGAAAAUUUACAGCUAAAAAAAAAGCCAAAGAGACAGAGAGUGAAAAACUUUCUAGACAAAAAAACCAAAAAAGAAUAUAUGAGGGCAUACAGAAGGAAAAUAAAGGAUUAUGAGACAGGGGAGGAAAAGCAAGCACAAUUGAUAAAACAAACUGUGCAAUUUAAGUGGAACUCUAGACAGAAAAAGGAAGACAAUACAUUUGAUGUAAUUAAACCAGUAGGAAAAUUUACAGCAUGGCAAAAAGUAGAUAAACCACUGCAUAAUGUUGACAAAGAAGCAUAUUUAUCUCAAUUUGACAGUAUAAACACUGGACCAAUUCAUGUACAGAAGUGGGCUAUCAAAAACAUGGAAGACUUUCAUAAUUCACUUAAAUUCAAAAUUUAUAUGUGUGAAGUUUGCCAUGAGGCAUGGCCAUUAUCAUCAUCAAAAGGCAAAAAGAGAUCUCCUUAUAUGUGUUCAAGAUGUUCACGUGACAAGAAUGGAGUGAAAAAAUUUUCAUCUCAGAAUGGAAUGAUUCCUUCACAAGUCCCAAAUGAAUUGCAAGGUUUAACGCAAUUAGAGGAAAUGUUAAUAGCUCGUGUUUUCCCAGUAAUUUCUGUUUAUACAAAACCAGGUGGACAAAAAAGCAUAUAAAGGUCAUUGUAUUAACUUCUCUCAAGAUAUCCAAGAGUUAGCCAAUUCAUUGCCAAGAAACCUAAGUGAAAUGCCAGUAAUAGUUGUGUCAGUCAAAGGCAAAGAUAAUACUUAUAAAGAUCUCACUGUGAGACGUGAAAAGGUCAGCUGUGCUCUGCACUGGUUAGUUCAACAUAACCCUGUAUAUAAGGAUAUCACUAUUGAUUAUGAAUUGUUGGCUUUCUUGCCUUCUGAUGGCAUUCCCACUGAGCUGCGUAAAAUUUAUUGUACUGAGAACAGUAAAGAUGAUGAAAUUGAUCCAGACAGAGGUCCUCUUGAUGAAAUACCUUUCAAUGAAGACACAGAAUUGAGUAGCACAAUUCUUAACCCUGUACAACUAAAGCCACAGAAGCAGCUGAUAAAAGAUGAGUUAUUACAAAACAGUAAAAUCAAUUGGCCUAAUAGGAAUUCAAGUCCUCUCAAUGAGUUUAAAAUUGAAUAUUUAGCUACUAUGGCAUUUCCUACUUUGUUCCCAGAUGGUAAAGGAGAUCCUACUAACAGUGCUACAAUGCGUGAUGUGACCCUUGGAGAUAAAAUAAAACAUUUGAUUAAAUUUGCUGAAUAUAAUAAUGGUAAAUGGGCUUAUAGGUUUGCAAGUCACCCACGGUUUGCUUAUUGGGCAUUCAACAUGAUUCAGAGGCACAGACUCCUUAGUCAGGGAAAUAUUUUUUUAAAGCAAAACCCUGGUGAAGCUAAGUUAACUGUAGAACAACUUCAACAAAUGCUUCAAACAAAUACGUAUUCUACUUUAAUGUCAAAACUUAUGCAUUAUGCUAAAAAUGUUACUGGUAGCAAUAGCUAUUGGCACAAAGCUAAAGAGGAUUUGCGAGCAACCAUUGCUCAAGUAGGACCGCCUACUAUAUUUUUUACUUUAUCUUGUGCUGAGUACCAUUGGCCUGAAUUUCAUGAACUCUUUUGUGACCCUCACUCUGAAACACUUCAACCAGCAAUCAGGCAGCAAAAUGUUCUUCAAAAUCCACAUAUCUUGGAUUGGUUUUUUACUGAGCGAACAGAUCGUUUUGUCAAGUUUUGGUUAAAAGAGUCAUUAGGGGCUUCUUGGCAUUGGUACAGAUACGAGUAUGCAGUUCAGAGAGGUUCAAUUCAUUGUCAUGGAGUUGCAAAAUUGAAAAAUGAUCCAGGACUUUGCGAACUGACAGAAAUUGCAUUGCAAGGUUUUUUAGCAUCAAAGCAUAUCAAUGAGAACAAAGGAAAUUUGUCAGAAGAAGAAAUAUUAGAACUGGAGACUAAGAUAAAUCAAGGUAUACAAGCAGAGUCUGUUGUUUGUCAGUAUGUUGACUUUAUACUAACAACUUGGAAUCCAUGUUCCCCAGAAGAAGGGUGGUCCAAACCAGAUUCUCAUCCAUGUCAAACCCAGUAUCUGUCUUUGAAUGGCAAACAAAAAGAGGAAGACUAUGUGAAUUUAUUAAACUCUGUUGAGAGACAUACAAUGUGCAGUACUAAGUAUUGUCUAAGGAAACUAGCAAAAAUGAAUUAGCCUGUAGAUUCAAAUUUCCUUUUGAAAAUUGCCCAAAGACAAGAAUAGAUUUUGAACCAAUAAACACUAAAUCAGGCCAAACCAAGUAUAGAGCAACCAUUGUUACUAAGCGAAAUGAUUCAAGAUUAAAUCGUCACCAACCACUGCAGCUCCAAGGAUGGAGGGCAAAUUGUGAUAUUCAAAUUAUUAUAGAUUAUGUGGCAUGUUUGGAAUAUCUUGUGAAAUACACAUCAAAAGGAGAAAAAGCUUCUUCAGUUCUAAAUAAUGCAUUCACCAAUGUAAUUAGUAAAGCAUCGGACGAAAGUGACAUUCAUAACAUUUUGAAGCAAAUUAUGAUCAAAAGUGUCGGACAACGAGAUUAUUCAAUCCAAGAAGUUAUGCAUCAUUUACUCUCACUCAAAUGUGUAAGUGCAACACAUGAAGUAAUAAAUACAUCUCUUGAUGGUUCACGAAGAGUACAGGUGUCCAAAAAUAAGGAUUUUUUGUACAAUCCCAUCCAUGUUGGAUAUUUAUGCUGAACGAGAGAAGUUUAUUAAGACAUUUCCAGACAUACUGACAUAUAAUUUUUGCAAUUUACCUCCACAUUUGUAAGCAAAAACUCAAAACUGGAGAAAAGGAAGCAAGCUGUAAUAGUUAAAACUUAUCCCAAAUUUUCUUCAAAUCCUCAAAAUCAGCAGUAUGGGCUGUUCUGUAAAUAUCAACUGCUAAAAUAUAAACCUUGGCAACAUGUAGCAGACAAUGCAUGGGACAAUCUUGAACAGUGUGAUGAAACUUAUAAAGCAUGUUGGAUGAACUUUUGUGUAGUGAUUGUGGGAAGAACAGUGUUCCUGACUGGGAAUUGCAAUUGAGCAGCUUAAAAGCAGCCAUUAAUCUGGAAAAUGAAAAUGAAAACAUGGAAAUUAUAGAGGAAGAAAAGGAAGAGUGGAUGUUUAUGUCAGAACUGAAUUUACAGGAGUUGAGCACAGAUACUGAAUAUAACUCGACGUUAGCUCCUGAAGGAUAUUGGCACAAUGUUAGUGAACAUUUUGACGAUGUUGAUCUACUUUCUGUUACUUCUUGGUUAAAUACUCAGAAAAAUAAAAUGAACCAAGUUGGCACAUAUCAUCAAGAGUAAUAGAUAUUUCAAGUUUUAGUAGCGAUCAAUUGUUGGCAUACCAUAUCAUUCUAAAUCACUUCAACAGCAGUAAUGAACUGCCUUUGCAUCUACUUGUUAAAGGAAUUGCAGGUUCAGGAAAAAGCUAUGUUAUUGAUGCUGUAAGAAAUGUUCUUAAGGAAAAAUGUCAAGUACUAGCAUAUACUGGAAAGGCCUCUUUUAAUGUCAAGGGUGUAACACUGCAUUCUUUCCUCAAACUACCAAUUGGUUCAAAAAGACUCUUCGAAUUGAAAGGAAUAGCUUUGCAACAACUUCAAACUAAUUUACAAAACAUUCAGUAUUUGAUUAUAGACGAAUAUUCAUUUGUUGGCCAGAGCUUAUUUGGGUGGAUAGAUUGUAGAUGCAGGCAAGCUACAGGUUUAGCUGAUCAAGCUUUUGGUGGUCUUUCUGUUAUUCUGGUCGGUGAUAUAGCACAGUUAUCCCCAGUUGGUGAUAAACCACUUUUCCAUUCUUUGCCAAAAUCAGAAAAACAGAUUCAGGGUCACCUCAUAUAUAAAGAGUUCAAACAAGUCGUCACAUUGUCAGUGAAUCAUAGAGUUGAUGGCAAAACUAAUGCCCACAGCUGCUUUAGAGAUCUCCUCAUUAGAGCACGAAAUGGAGAAUCCACUUUGGCAGAUUGGCAGACAUUGUUAUCUAGAACUCCUGAAAAUGUAACAAAUAUUGAAGAAUUCCUAACAUCAUCUGUAAGGCUAUCCUAUCUGAAGGCAAAAGUUGCAGAAAUGAACUUGAUCAAAUUAAAAAAUCUAAACCAGCCAAUAGCAACAAUCAAAGCCCGUCAUUCUGGUGGUGCUCAAACACUUAGCUCUGAUGAAAUGGGAGGAUUAGAACCUGUCAUAUAUUUAGCUAAAGGUGCUAGAGUUAUGCUCACUAUGAACAUGUGGACAGAAGUUGGUCUUUGUAAUGGUGCACUAGGAACUGUAUUAGAUUUUGUAUAUGCUGAUGGGCAAACUCCUCCAGCCCUGCCUAUUUGUGUUCUUGUACAGUUUGAUGAACAAUAUAAUGGACCUUCUUUAACUGCAAGUGUUCCAAGAUGCGUUCCAAUUUGUCCAAUAACCCAAAUUUCACAAAACAUAGGUCACACAUGUGAAAGACAACAACUUCCUUUAAAGCUAGCAUGGGCUAUGACUAUUCACAAAAGCCAAGGUCUGACUCUUAAAAAGCAUGGAUAUAUCUCGGCCCUUCAGAGAAUUCACCUGGUAUGACAUAUGUGGCUCUUAGUAGAGUAAAAAGACUCCAAGAUCUCAUAAUUGAGCCAAUGACAUUUGAAAGGUUGCAAGCUUACAAAAAAUCAAAUUUUUUGAAAUAUAGGUUAAUUGAAGAAAAGAGACUUGAUUCUUUAUCUCUAAAUGCUUCUAAAAAUGGUCAUCAUGAGUAACUUUGACUUAAUACAGUAAGCAUGUUCUCCAAAAGCUAAACAAGACAUCCAAAUACCAAUUAUUGUGUUCCCCUGUUUUUCUUUGUUUGACUUGAUUUAAUUAUUGUCUUUGAAAAGCCUCUGGAGGAAAGUCAAUAAAAUAUGUAUCUAUGUGUGAUGUAUUUUUAAUUUGUAAAACAUUUUUUUUUGUUGCAGACGAUGGCAAGCAAAAGGACUUAUUGUAAGUACUGAAUAUAAUUAUUUUAUCUUAUAAAUACAGAAUUCAUGCCCUUUAAGUAGUCUAAGACUAAACAGGGACAACUGGUGUCCCUGUUAUUUUGCAGCAACUCAGCCCCUAGCACCUGACUACUGUAUCUGUGAAAGGUAGAGGCAAUUUUGUUCUUGGUUAUUGUUGUUCACUCAUAAUAAUGAGUACAUGCUGACUCCUUUAUAUUUCAAGCUUUACCUGCAAUGUGUCAUUUUCUUGAAAUAUCCAACCCCCCAAAUUAUUUGACAUUACCAUGCCAAUCAAACAUAAUUCUCUUAUGCAUAUUCUAACCAUCUUAAUUGUUUACUUGCAGCAAACGACCAUGGGUUUAUUCACAACCUCAGUCCAAUUAAGAAGUCCCUUAAGUCAAAGCAUCAGUGGUAUGAAUUUCAGCUUCAAACUUCACCCACUAAAGUGAAACGUUUGGUAGGAUUUAAUCUCUAUGUCCAUGAUUCCUUAAAACAUUUUGAGGAAACCAAGAGCCCAGUACAGCUCAAGAACAUUAUUGUAAAAGACGACAAUGAAUGUAUUUUCAAUCAACAAUCUGUCGUACAUAAAGCAGGCUUGUCAGAUGUAUCAUUUUGUUACACCGAGCAGCCAAAGCUUGAAAGUGCAGGUGAAUCAAGUGCUGCAAAGUCAGUUACUGUGUCGAAUGUAAAAGGUUUGCACCCAAACCAAAAAGUCAAUGUCAGUGGUUCCCUCACUAUGGGAAAAGAAGACCUCAAGGCUGUUGUUCUCAGAUCCACUGGAGCAACAGCCCAUGUGAAGGAAGAUUGCGUGUUGGAGGACAACACUGGGUCAUCAAUGAUUCACAUUUGGGAACCCCUUGUCCAUACCUUGACAACGGGUAAAUCAUACUGCUUCACCAACCUGACAGUAAAGAAUUUCCAAGGGUCGACGUAUCUAAGUACAUCGCCAAACACAACAGCAAACCUUACAACACAAACAGUGCAAACCCUGACUGGACCAGAUAUGCUCAAAAGUCCAGAAAAGGAAGUAACUGCUUCAGAAUUCAAUUUGGUGUCAAAGCUAAACAUCUUUUGUUCCUGCAAAGCAAAAAAAACGCUUAAAUGAUGUUGAAUCAUUCACUUGCACCACACUGAAGUGUGAAAACUGUGGUACACGUCAAAGAUCAAGAGAUAUCAAACUGCAGGCUUCAGCAAAAAUUUCUAUCACUGAAUCAGAAGGUGACAACAGCAAAGAGAUGUGGAUCCAGGCUUUCACUGAGCAACUAGAAACCCUGCUGGCAGGAUCAACCUUAUCCCUAAAGGAUAAAAUCGAUGACAUUGAAGUUUAUCUUAUGUCUCUGGAAGACAUUUGUUUGGUAUACAAUGUCCAAACAACAAACAUUACAAAGAUUCUCUCCUUUAAACGUCCAGAAGUACACUCUGAUUAGCACAUUGUCUGUGAACAGUCCAAUACCCUUGUGUGAUUGUCUCGAGGAGGACGUUGGAAAGUUAAAAUUGUUGUUUAAUACUGAUGUAACAUGUGUAGUCUCGGACUGGCCCAUGCAUCCCAAAGCUAAAAGAUGUGCAUCUGCUUUCCCAGGUGUUUGACUUUGAGGAACGUUAUAGCAGUGAAUGAAAAAUAUUUUGUUACAGUUUAGAUUCAUGUGUUAGAGAUUUCGCUCUAUACAUCCCUUAAUUAAGGAUAAAAUUAAUGACGUUGAAGUUUAUCUUAUAUUGUCUCGAAGAAAAUAUUUGUUUGGUCAACAAUGUCCAAACAAUGAACAAUACAAAGUUCUUUCCUUUAAACGUCCAGAAGUAAACUCUGAUUAGUUCAUUCUGUGUGAACAGUCCAAUAACAUUGUGUGACUGUCUCGAACGAUGUUGGAAAAUUAAAAUUAUUGUUUAAUACUGAUGUAGCAUGUGUUAUCUCAGACUGGCCCAUGCAUCCCAAACUUAAUAGUUGUGCUAUCCCAGUUGAAUGACUGUGAAGAAAAAAUUUAUUUAGUGAUUCAGAAAUAUUUUGUUACAGUUCAUAUACAAUUAAGAGUUGUUAUUGUGGGUUCAUUUUUGUUCUGUAUUACCUUAUAUUAUUCAGUUUUACACAUAAUUUUUAGAAAGGGAAGAAAACACACUUGGCUAUCAUUGCAGCACAAACUUUUGUAUUGCAAUAAUGUAAAAUCAAGAAACUUAUUUUCGUUUUCACCAUAUUCACCUCAAAAUUUAAAACAUUUCACGUUGGUUGGAAUACUUCACUACUAAAAUUUACACCCACAAAACAUGACUCCAUUUUUUAACAUUACCAAUGAGUAUUUCUUUUCAUUGGUUGCUCGUUGGCACUUAGCGAUAGCUAUAUCUAGUACAGUAAUAAAUUUAAUGGUAGAAAAGUGUAGUGUAUUGCAUGCCUACCAAAACUAACAACCAUACAGAGUCAAGGGCAUGUACAUGUACAUGUACAUGUACAUGUACAUGUACUGUACAUGUAGGCUCAACUUAUAUAUUUUGCCUCUUCUAAGUAUUGGUUCAAAGAUUAAUUUUACUGUGUGUUUUUGAACAAUUAUUUUCUUAUGUUACAGCUUGCAAAUAUAUACUGUUGCAGAAGGCAAUAACAAAAAGUACAAUUUUUGUAGGCAAUAGCUUUUUUAUAAAGGGUAACUCAGCUGUAGUAAUGAAUAAGGGGGAAAGUUUCUAAAGAAACUGUGGUGCUGCAUCAGUGGGAGAGUAUAGUAGGUAAUUUAGUGUUAACAACUGAGUUGAAAACGUAAAUCAGCCACUGUAAAGGGUAAAAAAGCUGAUGUUUCAAGCAUUAGCCCUUCAUUGGAGCAAUUUGUUGCAGUGCUGUUAUGACUAUAAAUUUACAAGUUUUUCCUGGAUUCUGUCAGAUACUUGAUGCAAGAGGAGCUUUUCCUUGUUGCUUACUAUUUUUAAAUAGUAAGUGACAAUAAUAAGUAUUAUUAUAAUAGUAAGUUAAUAAAUAGGUAGUCAGGUUUGGUGAAUUUUACAAGUGUAACAGCUGUAUUAAUAUGGCCAACUUACUGUAAUUACAGGAAAAUGAAAGUGGAAAGGGAGCAUGCCUGUAUGUGUCCUCAGCAAAAAGUUCAGAUUCAACACAAUCAUCAUCAAGAAGCUGGAGACUAUCAGGAUUUACUGUUAACAAGGAAUCAAGCAUUGCAUUAGCUUCACAGUUAUGUGCCUCUGUGAGGAUGGCUCUUAUUGUGUUGGAAGACUGCGAAGAAAACAAUUUCAUUGAGACUAUCAAGUAAGUAUCCCUUUUGUUUGUAAGUCUUUCCAUUCUUAAAGAUUUCAAUGUGAGUGGUCAUCAGUAAAGUUUGACAAUUAAAUGCAUGAUAAUAGACAUGAAAAAACUAUGCACUUUUUUAUUGGCUGAGAACAGGUGCAUUUUUCAUGCAGCACAAGUGCAAAGUUGUAACACAAGUGCAGAUUAUAAAUAGUAUGCUGUUAAAAUUGUGAAUAAGUGCUACACGUGUACAAAUUGCACUUGCCUUAUGCACUCUUGCAAUUAUGUUGUCUUUGAAAAAUUUACUCGUGCUUAUUAUCACCAAAUUGUAUUGAAAAGUUAUUACCCGAACAGGAUUCCUUUAAAGUGCUGUAUGGAUUACAUGCAGCUGCAUGAAUUAGCAUUGCAAAGAUUUCAUUUUGUGGAUUGUGGACAAUACGUGACAAUGAAUAUAAAUUUCAGGGUAAUUUUCACUGGCUUUUUGAAGCUUUUAGCUACAAGUUCUCUCUGAAUAUUUUGCUCCAUCUCUCUCCACCACAAUUUGUCACUAUGUACAUGUAUUUCGCUUGCUUCCCAAAAACUGCUGAAGAUUCUUUCUUCCUUAGACAGUCUUGGCCUCAAUGGCUGUUUCAGUGAAUAUACUUGGUCAUCAUAGCCUUUUUUGUUUCAACAGAUCAUCAAAGGCAUGCAAUGAGCACACACCCAUUGUAUUUAUUUCCUCUGGACCCCUGUCAGGUAAAGCUGUUCCUUUCUCCCAGUAGUUACUUAUAUCACCAUGGUAACUGGCCAAAGUAGCUUCCUCUUAUUCUUUAUGAAGGGUUAAGACCAUUUAUAUAAGUUCUUUGAGACAGAGCCAACCUCCUUGACUAGUGGUAUAAGAAGAGGCUCUGUAGAAGUGUAGGUAGUUGUUAAAACUAAUUUUGAGAAAAAGAGGGUGGUCAAAAAUCUAUUGUUUAUUGUACCUGUAAUGAUGAGCCUAUGUCAUUGUAGCUUUACAGGCCUGUGAUUUUCCAUCUCCUCAUUUUUUCCUGACAUCUUGUAUGAGUUAAUAGUCAGUAGUAAAUGAUAGAAAGGUGUGUUGUAUUGCAUGCCUAAUGAAAAUAACAACUGCACAAAGUCAAGUGCAUGUAGACACAACUUAAUAUAUAUUUUGCCUCUUCUAAGUAUUGGUUCAAAGAUUUACAGUGUGUUUUUGAAUAUGUUUCUUAUGAUAUAGCUUGCCAAUAUAUACUGUUGCAGAAGGCAAUAACAAAAAGUAGUAGCUUUUUAAGAAAGGGUAAAUCAGCUAUAUUAGUUUCCUACAUGUAGUAAUUAACAACUCAAAGAUUGACUGGUUUGAACUGUUCUCAACAAUGAUUUGAUCUUUUUGUUAAUUCUUUUUUACUCCUGAUUGUAAUGUGCAAUUUUUUGUAAUAUUGAUGGACAGUUGUUGCAGUACUGUUAUAUGUAUGACUAUAAAUUUACAAGUUUUUCCUGGAUUCUGUCAGAUACUUGAUGCAAGAGCAGUACAUUGAUGAACUUGUGUUCAAAUGCUUGACACUGGAGUGUGAUUUGGGAAGUGCAGUAAAUUGCCUGAUAAUGCAACCAGGACAAUUUGCAGGUACAUGUAUCUAUCAUGUUGAGUUUGGUUGAGUCAUGUUUUCUUUUUUCAUUGUAAAAUGCCUUAAAUUAUUUUUCAGAGUAUAUUCAGAGUGACAGGGAAUUUUUAGUGGUGUAUUAUGCCUUAAUCCCUCUUUGAAAAGAACACAUUUCCAAAAAAAAGACAAAACAAAACAAAAGAGAGGGAAAAAAACCAGUGGAUUACUUUUUAAAUUACCCAGCCAAUUGGUAUGUGCUUAAUUCAUUUUUUACCGUUUCUAGGCAAUGGAUUUAACUGGAAGCAAAUUAAACCACCAAACCAAGUUCUUUUUAAUAAUUGGUGGCUCAUUUUGUAAAACAUGUUGGUUCUGGUUUUCAGUUUCUCCCUGGACAUACAACUUUUUUGUAGCAAACACAAAACAAAAUUAAAAUUAAUAUUAUUGAGCAAUGAAGCUGUGUGCAUAUUGAAAAUGUUGUUGGGAGCCAUACACAAUUUGGUCCCUUUAGGAAAAUUGUAAGUUCAUUGUAAUGUUCCUUCAGUUACACUUAUUUACAUGUAGAUUUGACUUCAAUUCAGCGCAUUUCCUACAUGUAUUCAUUUUAUUGUGACAUGCAAUAUAGCUCUUUUCAGUCUGGUAAAUACUUGCACACCUUGUAAACAAAAAACAUAGUUACCAAAUUAUAAUGUGAUUCAUGUAGCUUUACAAGGGAGACAUUAUCUUAAACAUUUCUUCAUAAUAUUGUUGCAGUUACUCCCAAAUCAAAGAGGCCUGGCAUUGUAAGAAAAAGGAAAUUUGAUACAGCUUUUCUAUCAUCAAGGAACAAUGAUUGUGAAGGUAUGAUAUUUUAUUAACUCUAUUGCUCCUGUUGGUGACCAAGACAGAAUUUCUCCUUACAAUAUCAAUACAAUAUCAAGCAGACAAGUGAUGAAAAUAAGGAAAAAUAUCAGUCAGGAGAUUAAAAGUUGAUUCAAUACCAAAUUCUCCAAACUAACAUCACGAGACCUGUAUGACAGACCGUAACGAGAAUAAUUUUGAUUCACAUCAACGCUAUUAAUGUUAUCGCUUCAAAACAGGAUUUUUCAUCACUGGAUAAAGUCACCAUUUCCUUGGAGAACAUGGAGAAGAAGGUCAUGGAAGUUCUUACAAAUGAAAGAAAAGCGUUUGGAAUUAGGGACAAGCAGUCAUGAAAGCUUUUAUAAGCAGAAUUUUCCAGAGUAAAUGUCCACUGUUAUUCACUUGCUCUAAAAAAGAGUCUUAAUAUGUAAAGUAAUAAAUAAUUGUCAAUUUUACUACUAACAGUGCAUGUAACAGUACCAAACAGAAAAUCUCACGUUGGAACUAGUGGUAACAUAGAGAAUUGUAAUGAAAUGUUUUGUAAACAAAGUAGUGAGGAAAUCAACAUUGCAACAGUCUGGUAUUUACAGUUUGAGUAAUUUUUUAAUUUCUAAUUACUUACCCAAGAGCUCUUUGGCAAUAAUGAAAUUGAUGUAUUUCAUUUCUUCCUCUGCAUAGUUAUUAACUUUUAGACCCUACAGCUUAAUGAGUAAAGAUGCACAUCUAUUCCUUUCAAAGCUCAAUCCCAAA